AGUUAUUUUAACUUUAAAAUUUAAAAAAAAAAAAAAAAAGGGAAAAACCCUACUACGCGCUCUCCUCCCUUUUACUUUUGUUUGGUUUUUCCGUCGCCGAUCAUUAUAGUCAAGCCCUACGCGACUUCGAUUUCUUUCUCUGCUCUCGCAUCACCCUCGCAGCGGAAGAUUUUUGAAGUUUCACUCAUGGAUCCUCAACCCGAACCAGUCAGCUACAUCUGUGGAGAUUGUGGAAUGGAGAACACUCUGAAGCAGGGUGAUGUUAUACAGUGCCGGGAGUGUGGUUAUCGUAUUCUCUACAAGAAGCGCACCCGUCGCAUUGUUCAGUACGAGGCCCGCUGAAAUGCUUAUUCUUGCGAUGGACUUCUAGUAUCAUGCAUAUUUUGUAAGUUUCUUUUAGGAAAACAAAAACGAUACUCGAUAUGGACUAAGGACUUGCUGUAGUACAAAACAUGUUGAUAACGCUGCUUAAAUAUUUUUCAUUAUCCUCUUGUGCUAACUCCAUAUCCAACUGAUAAUAUGAUAUGAAUGGUUUAUCUCUUGAUA